CGUCCGAUCAUCCAUUGGCCCGCCAGCGCUCUUCUCACGCAUAGGCCGACACAAGCCAGCGUCGAGCUCUGGAGGCGAGUUUGAGUUUUCGCCUCUCACCCCCCCCAGGCUCAGGGCUCCAUUUCAUAGGUCGCCCUUCAGUAGACGAACAUCAAUCGGAUCCUCAAGAUGCAGGGGCAGCCGGCUAAGCGCUAUGCGCACCCGAAGAAGGCUCCUUCACUUCCGCCGCUGGAUGUGAACGCUGCUCGAUCGCGAAUUCUGAAUUCGUUGGACACUAACGAUCCACGCGACAGCCAUGAGAAGCUGACACCAACACAUGCCAAACCGGUCUCGGUUGCUGUUGCUCAGCCAGCUAGCAAGAAAUCCGACACGGCAGCAAUGAAGCGCAACCUCGUCACUCUCUCGCCGCUCAGCGCCGCCCCAUUCCUGUCCCGCGAGGCAUCAUCCAUCCGAGAGACGGAUGUGUUUGGGGCGGCCCAAUUUAGCGGCAUUGCCAGGGCCGAGGGUCUCGACGAUGAUAUUGAACCCAUGGGUUUUGCCUCCUCAAAGAGAUGCCUGUCUCCAGUCAAGCGCAGCAAUGCUCUCUCGACGGAGACCGAGGCAUCGGUGGCGUCCACGGCCAGAAACAAACCACUGUCGUUUUCGCCACAGCCGUUGAGCUUCAAAGCUCCUGAUGACUCGGUGGCCAAACAAGCCUCCGAUGCCGAUGUUGGGGGGCUGGUCACGGCCGAUGCAGGUCACCUAGAUCUACUUCAUGAUGAAACGCCUGUCGGGUAUCGACACGAGGAGAGCGCCGCAUUACCCGUAUGUUCGGGGUCGAUCAGGAUUUUGCUGAAGCUCCCAGACGGAACAAGGCAUCCUGCAGAGUUCAGAAAGGAUGAGCUUGUGUCGGCCAUUCUUCGAUAUGUGCAGAAGCUGCUCCGGAAGUCACAUAAACGCGUCGCUCCCUUGAGGCUAUACAUCUAUACCGAGAGCCCACCGACCUCUACGUCGGCAUUGGCAGACGGCGAAAGGCCCUCGAGCUCCAUCGGGUCGAUUGUUCUCGACGAAAGCACAUACAUUGCAAGCUACGACCUCGAUGGGAAGGUUGUCUAUGUGUACAUGGACUGACUUGCAAGGGUUUCUAGCCGAAACGGACGGGCUGUUUUGAGGCCAUCGACCACUUUCUGGUUUCCGAAUACAUCGAAAUUCAUGCAGUGUA